CGCUUCCCACGACAAAUUAAGAUUCUGGUUUGUCUCCCCCGUCCUCCCGCUGCAAAAUUCAAGUCCUCAACUGUAACACUUAGUGGUCCCCCUCAAUACAAUCCUUACCGCUCUUUAUAUUCAAUCCAGUCCUUUUACCUUUAGAUGGCUUCUGAUAGCCAAAGGCGUUUUUAUUCUCAAACUUCUUCCAAUGCUCCUUCAACAACAACUCUUCUUCAACCCCGAGGAGGCUCCCAGGUCGUGCAGGCCGCGUUUGCUCGAGCCCCCCAGUCCUUGAGAAGUAUGCAAAGCUAUAACAGCCUUAGCGAGUCACCUUACAGCAGUGCUGGGCGGACAGCGUCUCUCCAAGAACAGUCAAUAUCUGAGAAGUUCUCCCUCUCUCCUGAUCCAUCCUCAUGGGGUGCUACUCUUGCCAUGAACCUCGAAGAACCAGAUGACGAGCUUCAUAAUCCGGAUCCUCGUCGAGACCGCAAGAACGACCAUGGCGGUUCUGUUUUCACUUACAGAGGUUUAACCAACCUUGGCUGCCUUAUUUUCCUUGCUGUUGGAAUGGUUACCCUAUUUGCUGGAUACCCCAUGAUAUCCUAUUUUACAAAGCAUUCUCUUUCAAAUGAGGGCGGAUUCAACAUUGGUGGAAUUAAUGCGAGCGGACAGAUCCCCACUAUGACAAAUAAUUAUGGUCUUAUUGACGUGGAUACCCCAUCAUCCGCCCAUACCUACACGUCCUUUGCAGAUUCCUCACAAUGGCAAUUAGUUUUCAGCGAUGAAUUUGAAGUAGAAGGCCGGACCUUCUGGCCUGGAGAUGAUCCAUAUUGGGAGGCUGUAAACCUUCAUUAUUGGCAGACCAAUGAUCUUGAAUGGUAUUAUCCUGAUCAAGUCACGACCAGAAAUGGCUCGUUGGAAAUCACCAUAUCUGAAAGGGAAAUGAACAAUUUGAGUUUCACAAGUGGAUUGAUCUCCACUUGGAACAAGUUCUGUUUCACAGGUGGUAUGGUUCUGGCGUCAGUGAGUUUACCAGGGACAAACGACGUCAGUGGUCUGUGGCCGGCAGUGUGGUCGAUGGGUAACCUCGGACGAGUCGGAUACGGCGCGAGUCUCGACGGAAUGUGGCCUUACUCUUAUGAUGCUUGUGAUGUUGGUACAGCCCCAAACCAGACGAUCCAUGGCGCACCAGCGGCAGCUGCUACUGGCAACCCGUACGACAACAGCGCGCUUUCGUAUCUCCCUGGCCAGCGUUUAUCAAGAUGUACUUGCAAAGGAGAAUCCCAUCCAGGUCCUGUGCACUCGGAUGGGACAUACGUUGGUCGGUCUGCACCCGAAAUUGAUGUUUUCGAAUCACAGGUCAUCGUCGAUGGUCAAGUUUCUCAAUCUGCGCAGUGGGCUCCUAUGAACAAUGCGUACCAAUGGUCCAACACGUCGGAAAACUAUAAUAUUCCCAACCCAGAUGUCACUCAACUCAACUCGUACCUUGGUGGUGUCUACCAGCAGUCCACGUCUGGUGUCACGAAUACAAAUCAGAAUUGCUACACACAAAACACUGGCUGCUUUUCGACAUAUGGAUAUCAGUAUAAACCAGGUUAUUCAGCUGAUGGAGCUUACAUCAGUUGGAUCACAAAUGAUGUCGUUGGGUGGACCCUUGAUGCCGGGGCAUUGGUAGCUGAUCCUGUGACUCAAAUUUCAGACAGACCAAUCCCCCAGGAGCCAAUGUACCUUAUCACCAACUUGGGCAUCUCUGAGAACUUUCAAACGGUCGACUUCACGAACCUGAUUUUCCCAGCCACUAUGCGGAUAGACUGGAUUCGUGUCUACCAGCCUCAAGGCUCUAUCAACAUCGGCUGUGACCCUAAGGAUUUCCCGACAGCUGCAUAUAUCAAUGAGUAUAUUGAGGCAUACACAAAUCCGAACCUGACAACUUGGACAAGUGACUAUAAACAAGCCUUCCCGAAAAACAAUCUCACGACUGGGUGCUAGCAGUACAUAUAUACUUAUUCGGUCGCCCGUUUUUUUAUUGUUGUUGUUCCUGUGGACCCUGAUGCCGUCGGACUGGUAUCAUCCAGCUUGCUGUCUGUCAUUUCCAGGGUUUCAUUCGUUCUUGUAUACCUCCGGGGGCCCCGUGCACAUUUCUUUACGUAUUCUGUGCCUUGUUUGUCCUCCCCAUACUGUUUGAGUCCUCUGUAGAGGUCCGCAUGUCAUCUGCACCUAUGUUUAACGGGCAUAUUUGGGUAUAUCAUAUUUCUGUAGAGGUUGUUUGAAAUAAUCAAAGG